CAGAUACAUUGAAAUACCUUUUAUUCUUGUCCUUUAUGUAGCCUACCAGCGCUGCCGGUAGAACAUCGACCACUACGAAACGAUCCGGUCAGCUUCUUGCAGGUCCUAAACCACCAACUACAACAUCACGAACUACUAAAACGGCUCUGAGAAUUUCCAGCGGACCGAACGGCAAAGUUUCCACUACUACAGCCAAAUCCAUGCAGGGCAGGACAACUACGAAACCACGUGGAAUACCGCAGAAAAUACAGCAAGGUCCUACGACGCGUCCCGGUCAAACAACCACAACGCAACGACCGCAGGUGCGAACGACCAUUCCUCCAGUUUUGCUUCGCAUGCCUCCUCGUCCAACGGUAGCCGUAUCGCCUUUGUCGCUCUUUGGGUAUCAAUUGUACUCGUUACCGUUCAGCUUUUUCAACGCUCAACCCACAACGACCGUAGCCAGCAGCAACACAACCGACACGUCCAACACGACAACUACUGAGAAUCCUGUCGUAAGCUCCAGCACAACCGAAACGACCAGCACGAUGAGCACCACGUCGUCCAGCAGCACGGUAGUACCGGGAGCGAACGCAACCACCAUCACCGCCGCCGCCGCGGUGGAGUACGAAGAGGAGCCCCAAGAACGGCCAAACCCGCCCGAAUAUGACUACCCGGAGGAGCAGCACAAUGCAACUACACCGGUGGUAACGACGGUUGUACCCGGCAUGGAGUCACACAACAGUAUGUCCUCGACUGCCGGUCCGAACAUGGUACGGAAGCGCCGUAAAAAGGUCACCACGACCACACCCGGCCCUAGCCCGGGUAUGAUACGGAUUCGGGUGCGCAGAAAGCGCACCACCAUUGCGCCAGCAGUCGACGCGAUUACGGAGAGCUCGAGCUGAGCCGAUGCGUUCGGGAAAUGCGGAAAAGGGGAAGCACACAUGUAUGUAACCGAAACUGCACAACGAUAAUAAAUAUAACCAU